AAUGUCAGAAGACUUUUAAAUUGAAAAUCGGACUCCUAAAACAUAAGCAAAUUCACACCAAAAAGAGUCGGGUAUCAUCGUACAUAUGCACAGACUGCGGUAAAAGCUUUGGUCGCCACACAGACUUGAUUCGACACCAGAGGACUCACACGGGGGAGAGGCCUUACAAGUGUACGGAAUGUGAAAAAAGCUUUAUGGAAAAACCGAGACUCACCAAUCACUUGCGAACUCAUAACGUGUACAUGUAA